AUUUCCUGCUCUGAUCGAUCACGUGACACAGGCUGGUCCACUUGCACAUCCUAACCCUUUCCUUCCGAAUAAAGGCCUGGCCGAAGUGGAUUCCCUUCGGAGAUGGUCACCCCAGAAAACAUGUCAGUUGAGGGGGGUGGUCAACGGGGCCCUUUGUUCGAACGUAACGGCGUUCCGGGUUCGUCCGGCGCCCCGGUUGAUAUGGACACGGCGAUCGUGCUACUGGGAGCCGGGGUGACGGCGAUAACACAUCCACUGCUCUAUGUGAAACUGCUCAUCCAGGUCGGACAUGAACCUCUUCCCCCCACAGUAGGGACCACCAUGUUUGGGAGGAAGGUGCUGUACCUUCCUGGAUUCUUCUCUUAUGCGCGCCACAUCAUAAGGGUGGACGGAAAGCGGGGGCUGUUCCGUGGCCUGUCUCCUCGCGUCAUGUCCAGUGCCAUCUCCACCAUUGUGCGCAGCAAGGUCAAACAGGCAGUUCCAGCAGAAGACACGGAGCAGGUGUCCAACAGGGACGACCUGAAGACUUCCUUCCGGAAGGUGGUCAGAGAGACCUCUCACGAGAUGGUGGUCCAGUGCCUGUCCAGAAUCGCCACGCACCCCUUCCACGUCAUCUCUGUGCGCUGCAUGGCCCAGUUUGUGGGGAGGGAGGUCAAAUACAGGGGUCUGUUCAGCUGCAUCGCCAAAAUUUUCCAGGAGGAAGGCGUGGGCGGUUUCUUUGUUGGCAUUAUACCCCACGUCUUGGGUGAGGUGAUAUUCCUGUGGUGCUGUAAUCUUCUGGCUCACCUCAUCAACACCUACGCUGUGGAUGACAAUUUUAGCCAAGCACCAGCAGUCAGGAGUUACACUAAGUUUGUAAUGGGGAUCGCGGUCAGCGUGUUGACGUACCCCUUCAUGCUUGUGGCAGAUCUCAUGGCGGUAAACAACUGUGGCCUGGCAGCUGGUCUCCCACCAAACUCCCCCGUCUUCAAGUCCUGGGCCCACUGCUGGAGGCACCUCAGUGUCCAGGGUCAGCUGUUCCGCGGCUCCAGCUUCUUCUUCCGCCGAGCGCCGGUGGCGGUUACAGCCUUGGAUUGACCGCAGCCUUGGCCUUGCCUGUGACCACGGAGCGACCUCACCUUUGACCCUUCGGUGUCGUGUCCUCCACCACUGUUAGCCCUUAAAAACCUUGGUACGUCGAGGAGACAAAAAAAAAAAAGUAGCCAAAACGUUGUUCUGUUUCUGUUACAUUUUUGGGGAGGUGGACACAGCAGAUGCUUCUCUUCACUAAGUUAUUUCACUGUCGUUUGUCGACUUUCACCUGAGAAAAACAAUUUUAUUUUACUGAACAAGGUAUUAACCUCUCCUCCUGUGUAGGUCCAACCACUUGCACCACGAUAAGAAAUAUACAUUAAGUUUUAUGUAAUUUUGUUUGUUUUUUUGUUUUUUUGGAAGGAAAAUGCCAUCGAGGCAUGUUUCAGGAGAAGACCCUGCUCAUUCUGUCCAGCUUGUCUGUUGAAUUGCACACAGGCUGUUACAUUUCAGAACGGUAUUUGUUCCAAGCUGAUCAAUUUAAUGUUAGAGAGGCCAGUUUAAUCCCGCCAUGAUUUCUGAACACAUUGUAUCCUCUUGGUAAUUGGCACCAAAGGCUACUUCUCAGCCAAAUGUCAAUGUGGUUAAAAAAAUAAUCAAGACUAAUAUUGUAAAAAGAGUAAAAUGGACUCAAGGUUCUCAGUUAUUCUACCAGCAGCUAAAGAAGGAGAAGAUAAGGCCACAACAAGGAACAUCGCACAUACAAACCAAGCUGUUAAAGUCCGUUUUGCUGCCAUUUUAUAUGUGUGGUCAGUUGAAUCACUGUUCAUAAUCUCCAUUCUAAAUGUGUGGUCAGCCAAAUCACUGUUCAUGAUUUUCCAAAAACAAGUGUCAAGCGGAACUUGACUGCAAUGUGUUGAAUGCGUGGUUAGCUUGGUGAAAAGUGGCGUAUGUCGAAAUAAAAAAUCCAAAAUAUAAGGAACACAAGUAAUAUACUGUGUAGACUAUGUAGCCUAUUUUAGAUGUAUCAGUUAUCAUGUUCAUGUGUUCAAUUGAGUCCUUGUAGUGUAGAAAUUUUUUUUUAAAUUAAUGUUGUGAACAAAAGUAUUAAACAGGGAGCAUGUAGAGAUUUGAUUUUAUUCUUAUUGGAAGAAAACUUUACAGAAGCAUUUUGUAUCAUUUACAUGUAUCUCUUGUCAGAUGCUGGAGUAUCAGUGCUGAAAAGACUUUCUGAAAGGUCCAUUUAAUUUAAAGUUCUGAAAUGUAUGAUGCGUGUAUCAUAUUGCAGAUAUGAACGUUGAAAUAAUUUAUAUGUCUUUAAAUAUAUGUUGGAUACUUUGACCAAUAUCUAAAUGUACAUUUUUCCAUACAUUUUGGAUUUUGCAUUUUCCCACAUAUUGACAUAUGUGACUUUUUCACGGGGCCAAACCGAGCUUCAAAAACCGAGGCUACAGGAAAUGGUAGCACUUUAUAAGUCACUGACUUUUGUAUGCUCCCCUUCAGGUGUGUUAUUAAUGGCUAAUGAUAUUACAUAGUCUUUGUGUCCAUUCAUUCCUCAGUGUUCUUAGGUAACUUCCGUGUUGCCCCAGUGUAUAUCAGGUAUCGUGUGCAUUUGUAGAAAAGAGAAGAGCAUGAAGCUAAGAGCGAUAAAUGCAGAGAUGUGUGUUUGCAAGCUAUUUUACUACUUAGUUUGAAGCACUUUAAAAUACAUUUUAAACAUGAUUUAAUUUCAAAAGCUAAAUGUAAAACCCGUUUUUUUUUUAAAAGUUUGUGCUUUUAAAAUGUCACAGAUGUUCCUUCGUGUGAUGUGUUGUGCGCAUGUGUGUUUAAUCAGAUAUUGUUGCAGUUUGAAAUCAGAUUUGCCUUGAAGACUGAUCUCUGCAGAAAAAAACUAAAGAAAUAAAUACUUCUCUUUUGA